CGUGUGUGUGUGUAUAUAUGUGAAUGGAUCGAGGUGGCAGCUAAAGAACCAAAACACACACACGAACACACACACUUUACAGCCGGUUCUGUUCAACCCGUGAUCAAUUCGGACAUCAGCAGAACCCUGUAGAGUCAUGACCCAGACCUCAGCCCAUGGCUGCACCCAGCUGACCUUGACCUUUGCCCUUACCCUGUCCCUUGGCCUGUUCUGUUGGCCCCUGGGAGAGGUCAGAGGUCAGACAGGGCUCUCUCCUCCUGCUGCUUUGAUCCUGCAGGACCUGCUGAGCCGAUAUGGAGAAAACGGGACCAUCUCUGUGCCGCAGCUCCGGUCGCUCCUGGUGCACCUCGGCACACCGCAGAGCGGAGAAGACGCUCCGGACACGACGCCCAUGCCCUCCACACCCUCCACGCCGCCCACGACAAACACCUCCACGUGUUUAGCUGCAGGCACUCUAGCGGCUCAUGGUCUGAGUGAGAAGUCGCAUUUGGACGGGCCAGGUCUGCAGGAGUUCUGUCCCACCAUGCUGCAGCAGCUGGACUCUCGAGCAUGUCGAGAAGAACAGAACCAGGAACCAGAACCGAUCGCCAAACCGUCCAAUGCUGAAGUGUGGGGUUACGGGUUCGUGUGUGUAACGGUGAUCUCGCUGUGUUCGCUGCUCGGCGCCAGCGUGGUGCCCUUCAUGAGGAAAACCUUUUACAAACGGCUGCUGCUCUACUUCAUAGCUCUGGCCAUCGGCACACUUUAUUCCAACGCGCUCUUUCAGCUCAUACCCGAGGCGUUUGGUUUCAACCCCAUGGAGUCGUACUACGUGUCUAAAUCCGCCGUCGUCUUCGGAGGUUUCUAUCUGUUCUUCUUCACAGAAAAAGUCCUCAAGAUGAUCCUUAAACCGAAACACGGGGGAGGACAUGGUCACAGUCAUUUCCCUGUAGGAAACGGUGAUUUAGAGAAUGGAGUGAUGGAGAAGCUGCAGAACGAAGAGGCAGGAGGAGCUGUGUCCUUGCCUCGAGUGGACGGAGAAACCAGAGAGGACGACAAAAUGCUGAGCGCUGGACAAACGCCACCGGAAUCUCGGGGAGGUUGCUAUUGGUUAAAAGGUCGAGCGUAUUCUGAUAUCGGCACCUUGGCAUGGAUGAUCACUCUCAGUGACGGCCUUCACAACUUUAUAGAUGGUUUGGCCAUCGGGGCUUCCUUCACUGCCUCUGUGUUCCAGGGUAUCAGCACGUCUGUGGCCAUCCUGUGUGAGGAGUUCCCUCAUGAACUGGGUGACUUUGUGAUCCUCCUGAACGCAGGAAUGAGCAUCCAGCAGGCUCUGUUCUUUAACUUCCUGUCUGCGUGUUGCUGUUAUUUGGGAAUGGGAUUCGGGAUAUUGGCUGGAAACCAGUUCUCGCCAAACUGGAUCUUCGCUCUGGCAGGUGGGAUGUUCCUGUACAUCGCCCUGGCUGACAUGUUUCCUGAGAUGAACGAAGUGAGUCGUGAGGAAGAGGAAGCCGGAGGAAGCGCCAACCUCGUGACCUUCGCCAUCCAGAACGCCGGCCUGCUAACCGGUUUUGGCAUCAUGCUCAUCCUUACCAUUUACUCAGGACAAAUACAGCUGGGAUAGCACCAGACCAUGAUGGACUCUACUUGACCUUUAACCUUUAACCCCUCCCUUGGUUUGAGGAUAUUCCCAAUGCGAAGUGAGUGCCGGACACGGAUUUGAUCUCUGAGCCUGAGAUUAACUGUGCAAUCUUGGAGAAACACAAUGGAGCUGCUGAUGGGCUCAAGGUGGAGGAAAAAACUCCCUCUGAGCCAAUCCAGAUGCAAAAUUACAACUUUAACUGACAUACAAUGUGCAUUUGUGUGGGUUUUGUUUCUUUUUCUUCUAUAUUGCAACUUUAUUUUUCUUCAGUUUUUGUUUCCUUGUCGAUCCACGGUGAACCGGUGUCAGGAGAACACCUUGAUCAUCUAAUACAGUAGUUCACACCUGACAUGAUUAAGCUCUGAGUUUUGUCAGUUUUUCGUCUCAUUUUUAACAUUCAAACUUUGGUUUCGGUGCUACACUUGAAAAGUAUUUGAAGUUCACCAAGUGUGAUGUGGACUCCAUAAAGUCCAACACCGGCUUGUAAACAGAAAACAAGUUGCUGGUUUCAUUCUCACCAUUUCUGAACUGAAUAUCUGUUCAGUGUUACUCAAAGAAGCAGCAUUUCUAUUUAUUUAAUUUUUUCAAAAUCUGGUCAACUGCUAAUGUUGGCCACCUAGCUAGAAGAUGACAUGGAAUCCUUUCAAUUUAGCGUUUGUUAACCGUCUCCCUAGGUUUAGGGAUUAUUGACAGGAUUUCGGAGUUAUAACUUAAAACUGUUAGGAAAUUGCACCAGCUAGCUAGACAAUUGCAUUAAAAAUGGUAACUUGACCAAUAGUUUUAUGAAUAAGCUAAAAUCCUGUCAGAAAAUAUUAAAAUCCCGCCGAUUAGCUCAAUUUAGGGAGCUAGCUAGCUAGCAUUAAUCAAUAAUCAUUCCUUAAUAUUAUAAAAAAAAAUCCGCCAAGAAAUCCUAUCAAGCUAGUGAUAAUGAGUACACAGAAUAGGACUUUAAAUCAUUUUAGAAAUGCUGUCAGAUUAGCAUAUGUUAACAAGGUACCACUGUGUAGAAUCCUCUCAGAAAUCAUGUCAGUAGUGACUCUUCUGCUUCUGGCUAGCAUUAUGAUUUCAAAAUCCUGUCAAAUCGGGAAAUAUUAACAAGCUAAAAUUAUCAAAUGAACUGCUAUUAAGUUAUUCAGUUUAAAUCCUGUCGUUUAAGGUUCCUUGUCUAACUAGCAUUACUAAAAAAUUCUUUCAAAUUCUGUCAGGGUAUUUCAUGUUAGCCUGCUCGCUAGCAAUAAUGGAUAAACAUUCCAGAAUAUGACUUAAAAUCCUCUCAUAAAUCCUGUCAUUAGUUAAUCAUAAUGCUAGCUAGACAGGAAACGUUAAGAAUCCCCUCAGAAAUCCUGUUUAUGCUAACUACAGCAUAGCAGGUAAACAUUCCCCUGAAAGUAACUUAAAGUCCUCUCAGAAAUCCUGUCAGGUUAGUUAAUUGUACCCUGC